AUGCAAUGGCGAAUUUACUUACAAAGAGUUUUCUGCGGAGUAUUGGUUUGUUUUCUAAUUUAUAUUAUCGUUUUUCGCCGUCGUUCUCAACGAGUUUUUCUCACGGAAUCAGAUAUAUAUGAAUACACAAACGAAAAAUAUUCAAAUCAUAAACAACUUCAUCGUAUUCCUCGAAUUAUUCAUCAAACAUGGAAGACAACUGACGUGCCCGUCUAUUGGAAUGCAACUGUCGAAUCCGUUCGCAAAUCGAAUGCACAUCGAUUCAAAUAUCUUAUUUGGACCGAUGAUGAUAUGCAUGACUUUGUUCGUCAGGAAUAUCCAUAUUUAUAUCGACAUACAUUUCUCAAGUAUCCGCUGAAUAUACAACGUGUUGAUGCUUUUCGCUAUUUAGUUUUAUAUCGUAUGGGCGGUAUUUAUAUUGAUAUGGACAAUGGAUGUAGACGGUCGUUUGAUAGUUUAUUAGAUGUAUUGGAAGCUAUGGAUCCAGAAGUGAAUCAUACGGCUGCAUUUCCUCGUACAAGUCCGAUUGGUAUUUCGAAUGGUUUUAUGAUAACAACCAAGGGUCAUCCAUUAUUUAAAAUUCUUGUUUCACGUCUUCCACAUUUUAAUCGUGAUUUUUUGGUUGAUUAUCUUACGGUUAUGCUUAGUGCAGGUCCGCUAUAUCUUUCUGUAAAUGAAUUUUAUUUCAAUCAAAUAUCUCAUCAAUCAAUAAUUCGUAUUAUUGAUGAAAAUGUUUAUUCAUCUAUAUAUACUUGGCAUACGCCGGGUAAUUCAUGGCAUGGACGAGAUGCUCGAAUAAUUCUGCAAAUUUAUCAUACAUGGCGAAGAAAGCCUCGAGUGAUUCUUUAUUGUUUUCUAUUAAUUAUAACUUUGAUUAUUCUGGGCUUGCUAUGUUUUCGACGUAACAAACGAUGCUGCAAUUUGAGAUUUUCAUCUACUAGGAAAAUUCUACUACCUAGGAAAUUUAAUUAUUCCAGAAUAAAACCAGUACCAAUAUGA